UCCCCCUCUGUCGUCGCUGCCACGCUUUUCUCCUGCUCUGUCUCCCUAGAUCUCGCUCUCUGCUGUUGACUAUCUCUCUCUUCUGUGGAAAAAAUGGCGUCUUAGCUUUCUCUCUCUACAAUCCAGCGACGCUCUCUCUCUCUCUCUCUCUUCUCCCUCGUGCCGCCAUUCGAAGCGGCGCUAGGCGGCUCUGUUUCUUCUUCCGCGCGACCGACUCUUCUCGCGCCGCCGUGCGUGCGUGCGUGCGUGCGUGCUCGCGUUUCGCGUGGGGGGGUGGCAUGGACUACGGAGCGGCCGCGCUCUCGGAUUCGAACGACGCCAGCUACAGCAGCGGCGUGUACUCCACGCUGACCUGCGUGGAGGCUCCUUCCUCCUCCUACUCCCCCGACGCCGCGGCGGCGGCGGAGGCGGCGGCGGAGGCGCAGGCCCUGAGGAGGCUCUCCGACAGCCUCGAGUCGAUCUUCGAGCUCCCCCGCGCCGGCUCCGGCUUCUCGUUCUCCGACGCCACGAUCGUCGCCGCCGACGGCCGCGAGGUCCCCGUCCACCGGUGCGUCCUCGCCGUGCGGAGCCCGUUCUUCGGGGCCAAGUUCUCGAGGAGCCAGAGCGGGGUGAGGCUCGAAUUCAAGGAGCUGACCGAGGAUUUCGGGGUCGGGGUCGGGGUCGGGUUCGAGGUCGGGGCCGAAGCGCUGGUGGUUGUCUUGGGGUAUCUGUACAGCGGCAAGGUGAAGGCGUUUCCGAAAGGGGUGUGCGACUGCGUGGACGAGGAGUGCCAGCACGUGGCUUGUAGGCCAGCCUUGGAGUUCCUGGUGCAGGUGCUCUAUGCUUCGUCCAGGUUUCAGAUUCCUGAGCUGGUGGCUCUGUAUCAGAGGCGCCUACUGGACAUUCUCGACAAGGUUGCCCCAGAUGACAUUUUGCUUGUGCUAUCGGCUGCAAAUAUAUGUGGAGAUGAAUGUCAUGGAUUGCUGACACAAUGUUUAGAAUAUGUCAUGAGGUCUGAUCUCGAUACUGUUACCCUAGAGAAAGGCUUGCCUUGCGCUAUCAUUGAACGAAUCAUCAGUGCCCGUUUGGAAGUUGGUGUGAACAUUCCUGAACGUAUAAACUUCCCUGACAAGCAUGUGAAGAGGAUUCAUCGGGCCCUGGACUUGGACGAUGUCGACUUAGUCAGAAUGCUGCUGAAGGAGGGCCAUACCACUCUGGAUGAUGCACAUGCACUUCACUAUGCUGUAGCAUACUGUGAUGCGAAGACCUUGACUGAGCUUCUUGAUCUUGGAAUUGCUGACGUAAAUUGUAGAAAUGCAAGAGGCUUCACAGUUUUGCAUGUUGCUGCGAUGAGGAAAGAGCCAAAUGUUAUUGUGUCUCUCCUAAUGAAGGGAGCUCAGCCUUUUGAUCUCUCUCCUGAUGGUAGAAAAGCUCUUCAACUAUGUAAGAGGUGCACAAAAGCUGCAGACUACAUGGAGUCUACCGAGGAAGGAAAGCCUUCACCGAACGACAAAUUAUGUGUCGAGAUCUUGGAACAAGCUGAACAAAGAGAGCCCUUACUUGGAGAAGCAUCCUUUUCUCUUGCUGUGGCAGGUGAUGAUCGGCGCAUGGAAUUGUUGUAUCUUGAAAACAGAGUUGCACUAGCAAGACUCCUGUUUCCUAUGGAAGCGAAAGUUGCGAUGGCUAUUGCUCAAGUGGACGGCACUCGUGAGGUCCCAUUGAGUAGCAGGAAUUGUAAGGACUUGGCUGGCUCGCUGAGGAUGCAUAUGGACUUGGAUGAGGCACCUUUUCAAGAGCAGCAUCUCAAAAGGAGUAUAGCUCUCUCCCGAACUGUGGAACUCGGCAAACGCUUCUUCCCAAGAUGCUCGAAUGUACUUAGUAAUAUUAUGGAUGCCGAUGAUUGUACUCGGCUAGCAUGCCUUGACAAUGGCACUCCAGAAGAACGACUUUUAAAGAGGAGAAGGUUCACGGAACUUCAAGAAGCUUUUAGCAAGGCUUUCAACGAGGAUAAGAAGGAGUUAGACAAAUCAAACGUUUCUUCCUUUUCAUCAUCUUCAUCUUCUGGAGCAACGAGGCCUAAGGGAAAGCUCCACAUCAACUAUCGAUCAGUGUAAGAUUUCAGAAAUGAAACUUUGUGAGUAAAUAAUCAAGUGCAUAUGGAAUCAAGGAGUUGUAUCCCAAGUGCUGUGGACAUAGAAUAUCACCAUUCACGGUAGAAGCCUAGAAGGUCUCAAAUCAAAACUUUGUUAGGAUGUACAGAAAAGCACGUGUUCGAAUGUGUAGCGGCACAAGUAUGUAAAUUUGCCUACGUCAUAUGUACUUUCAUUCUCUUAAAACUCAGAAGUAUUUCUUGUGCAUGUGGAGUCCAUAAGAAUGUGAAAAUUUGUGGGAUCACAUACCAAUGAUCUCUUAAGAAUGGUAACGAGGGCAGAGAAGUCAGCUGGAAACGUGUGAUGUUGACUCAGGACUCUAUGCUUAGACUAAGACAGACAUUAGGGAGUGAUCUUUUGGGAACAUCAUGGCGUUGUUGUAUGUAUUGUCUUGGACCAUAAUUUUGUGUUUAUCCGUUCUAUCUAGUAAGAUCUUAUCUAAAUUUAGCAUGGCC